CGUUCCCACUCUCUGCACUCCUUCUCAGCUCCUCCUUCGUCUCACGCUUGGGAGGCUCGUCUCCGUCGUCUCAAGCUGUGGCCAUGGCGGAGGACUGCUCGGUUCUCGAUCCGUGGAUGUACCGCCCCUACACCUGCAACUCCGAAUCGGCCUUCGCCGGUGAGAACGACGCCCUCACCAAGGCCCUUCGGAUCUCCCUCUUCUCGGAGUCCGCUUCCUUUGCCGCAGGCGACCCUUCUCGCCGACAGGAUCCGCUCACCGGGCGGGUCUCCAAGAAGCGCAAGUCCCGGGCGUCGAAGCGCUCGCCCACCACCUACAUCGCCGCCGACCCGGCCAACUUCCGCGAGCUGGUCCAGCGGAUCACGGGGACGCCCACGGUCGAGCCGGCCGGGGAGCAGCAGCAUCGGGCGGCGGCCGGGCAGGGGAGCCGCCUUCUUCCGUCGCGGGACAUGUCAUCGUUCUAUUUCGACCGGGCCAGCUUGGGCCGGGGUGAGGUCGAUGGCCCGGUGCUUCCCGAGUGCGACCCGUUCUCUCUUCUUCACCCGUUCGACUCGUGGGGGGUGAUCUAAGAGAGAUCAGAGACGAUCUUUUGGCAGACGUCUGAUGGUCAUCGGACGGCUUUGGACUAUGUAGCUUAUAUAGUAGAGUAGUUCCAUUAGUAUCUCUCUCUCUCUGUUGUGGCUUUGCAGUGAUGUUUGUUUACGAGAGAGCAUAGACCACUUCAAUUGAAACAUAUUUAGAUAUCUUGGUACUUUUUA